GCAGAUGCGUUGGGCAACUACUACUUCCGGUAAAGUCACAGACUCCACAGUCAGAGUAGAGGAUUUGACAGGCACACAUCUACAAGCUUAUGCGAAGAAUAUUAUAGAAUAGAAUGAAGAAAAAUUAUUUUCAAAGAAACUUUUGCUAAUAUAAUGUGUUAGACACAGCGAUGUCAAAGUCCUGCUUCCAUCUGGAUUGAGUUUUUCUACCACGAUACAUCUGAUGCAACAUGGCAACAUCAUAUGUCAAUCGAUGUCUCAUAAGGACAAUCACGAGAUGUCUCCGUCGGCAACCAAAUGUUAUGACAGCAAGGCCUUUAGGACACUUUUCUAACACUUCUUCAGGUAAGCAGGAACAUGUAGAAGUACAACCUGUAGUUUCACACCGGGGUUCAGGAGGCAGCAGUCGCACCGCUCCCCUGGCAGUCGCUUUGGGACUCGGAGGAGCAGCAGCAGCAGCCUUACUAUAUUCAUUAAGAGACGAGAACAAUAAAGAUGCCCUACAGAGGACAGUCGCGGUCAGGAAUUUGCUGAUUGACAGCAUACUACCUACUGUCCAGUGUGCCUCUCCAUUUAAACCCGACAGUCCGCGGUACAAGUACAAUUUCAUCGCGGAUGUGGUUGAGAAGUCCACUCCUGCUGUAGUCUACAUCGAGAUAGUUGGGCGACACCCUUUUUCUGGCCGUGAGGUGCCCAUCUCGAAUGGCUCUGGCUUCAUCAUAAGCAGUGAUGGCCUGAUAGUCACCAAUGCUCACGUGGUUGCCAACAAGCGUGGAGUCCGUGUCAAACUGACCAAUGGAGAGACUUAUAAUGCCACUGUCCAGGAUGUAGACCAGGCUGCAGACAUCGCCACCAUCAAAAUCAAUGCUAAGCAUCCCCUCCCAACGUUGCGUCUUGGUCAGUCAUCUGAUGUGCGUCAGGGUGAGUUCGUGGUUGCCAUGGGAAGCCCCUUUUCUCUUAAAAACACAAUCACAUCUGGAAUCAUCAGCUCUGUCCAGAGAGGCAGUAGAGAACUGGGCCUGUCCAACUCCAACAUGGACUACAUCCAGACUGAUGCUACCAUAGACUUUGGAAAUUCGGGAGGUCCCCUUAUAAACCUGGAUGGGGAUGUCAUCGGAAUUAAUACUAUGAAAGUGACUGCAGGAAUUUCCUUCGCUAUUCCCUCAGACAGAGUCCGUCUCUUCCUUGAGCGUGCUGCAGACAAGCAGAAGUCCUGGUUUGGAGAAUCGGGAUCAAAACGGCGUUACAUUGGAGUGAUGAUGUUGACUUUGACCCCCAGUAUCAUCGAAGAGCUGAAGAUGCGUGACAUGUCCUUUCCUGAUGUUUCUCAUGGAGUUCUUAUCCACCGUGUUAUUAUAGGAUCUCCAGCCAGUAGAGCCGGAAUGAAACCAGGGGAUGUUAUUGUUGAGAUAAACGGGGCAAAGGUGAACACGUCAGAAGAGAUCUAUAACGCUGUGAGGACAAGCGACAGCUUAAACAUGGUGGUCCGCCGGGGUGCCGACCUCCUCAUGCUGCACAUGACCCCAGAGUCCACAGAGUGACAUCAUGUGAAGCUUAUGCAUUAAAAAAAAGAGAGAGUAAGAAAUGGUUUUGCUGAGGAUAGAUGGUGAGAAAUGAGAAGCGAGAGAUAAUUUGAGAAUCAAUGUGACGAAUUUUUUUAAUAAUGUAAAGGUCUGAACAGUCUAGUUUGUUUAGCCAAGCUAGACAUUUGUGUAGUUGAAAUCUUUUAAUUGUGCAGUUUGUGCACGUUUUUGGAAGUAUAUGAAUUAGUGUGGAUGAUUCUGAGAAUUGCACUGGAUUAAUAUCAAGGUCCUCGCAAACUACACUGUAUCAGUAUUGUUUUUUUCAAGGAAAUCCACUAAUUAUUCGUGUAUGGGAAACACGAUCGUCAAAAGAUAAGUGAACAUUUGACCAUUAUAAUAAAAGUGGGUGCUAUUAUUACGACA